AACACCAGCAGCACACAGCAGACAGAGGGUGAAGGAUGCUUGGGCGACGUCGCAUCUUCCUCACCUUCAUGGUGGCUGCUGCCACCUAUGUUUCUUUGGCUUUCAAUAUUGACAUGACAAAACCUGUUGUCUAUGUUGGUGAACAAAAGGAUUUCUUUGGAUAUAAAGUACUUCAAUAUUCGUCUGGCACAAACAAAGGGAUAAUCGCGACAGCACCACUGCGGCAAAACGGAUCUGGAGCAAUAUGCAAAUCCCACCAAAACCAAACUUUUCGGUGCACCAACCCUCAAGAUAUUUCUCUAACAAACACAUCCGUCAAACACCUUGGCCUCUCGUUAGCGAAAGACUCCAAACGAUCCCAAUUCACAGUCUGCAGUCCAAGUGUAGUCCAUGAGUGUUAUGAGAACUCCUAUAUGAACAGCGUGUGCUUCAACAUCGCAGAUAAUCUUCAGCAAACCUCCUCUUUCACAUCUGCUUUCCAAGACUGCACAAAAAAGACAGUGGAUCUUGUCUUUCUGUUUGAUGGAUCCGGGAGUAUGACCGAAGGAGAAUUCAACAAAAAUAAAGAUUUCAUAGUGGAUAUAAUAAACAGCCUUAAGAACUCAUCGAUCAAGUUUGCGGCGGUUCAGUUCUCCUUUACUAACAGGAACGUGUUUGACUUCAAUGACUACCAAGCUGGUAGUUAUCUGGAAAAACUCAUGAAAGAACCCCAUAUGAGAAAACUCACCAACACACACAACGCUCUGACAUAUGUGCUGGACGACAUUUUGAAAAACCCAAAAGCAGGCGCCUCUCCUGAUGCAACUAAAGUGGUGGUACUAAUAACGGAUGGAGAUCCCAGUGAUAGAGACAGAGGGAUUAUUAAAAGAUAUGAUGAUCAAAACAUCAUUCGCUUUGUCAUUGGGGUCAAAGAUGCUAAACUGGAGAAAUUCAGAGCCAUUGCUUCAGAACCGAAAGACAAAAAUGCCUUCAAAAUUGAGAACUAUGACGGACUCAAAGGAGUACUGGAAAGCUUUCAAAAAAAGAUCUUUCAAAUGGAAGGCUCCAAAGUGUCUCGGGCUGGAGAAUUGAACAAUGAAAUGUCUCAGAGUGGAUUCAGUGCUGCCUUCUUCAACGAUACCCUGAUUCUGGGCUCAGUGGGAUCAAACAGCUGGCGUGGUUCUCUCCAAGAUCGCCGUGGAGAAAUAGAAACACAAAUUGAAGAUCCACACAUGCUGGAUGACUCCUACCUGGGAUACUCUAUUUCUGUUGGAAAGAAGAAUAAUGCUCCAAUUUAUUUCGCGGGGGCACCAAGAUUUAAUCACACAGGACAGGUCGUACUUUUCAGACAUGAAGGCAAAAACUGGACGGCAUUCCAAAGAGUUAACGGGGAACAGAUUGGCUCCUACUUUGGCGCAGAGCUGUGCUCAGUAGACACAGACUCAGACGGUAACACUGAUUUCCUGCUGGUGGGAGCUCCACAGUUUUACCAGCCUCAGGAGAAGAAGGAAGGUCAGAUCUACAUCUACACACUGACUGAUGAGAUGCAACUGAAAGGUGAACUGACUGUGACUGCACCCUCCAUGGGGAGAUUUGGCACCACCAUAUCCAGCCUUGCCGAUCUGAAUGGAGAUGGACUGCGAGAUGUUGCUGUUGGAGCUCCUCUUGAGGACAAUAACAGCGGGGUUGUGUAUAUCUAUCUUGGCGACAGAAUCAGAGGGAUACGGAGCGAUUACAGCCAGAGAAUCAUUGGUCAUAAAAUAGAUCUCCGGCUGAGAUUCUUUGGACAGUCCAUUGAUGGGGACAUUGACCUUGGAGAGGAUGAACUCCCAGAUAUUGUGGUGGGAUCACAGGGCAUAGCUGUUGUGUUAAGGUCCAGGCCUGUCUUUAAUGUCAUGGCUUCUCUGUAUUUUCAACCUAAAGAGAUAAACACGGACAAAAUUGAGUGCCUUGGCAACACAGAUGCAAAUGUACCAAUGGUAAACCUAACAGCCUGCUUUGAAAUGGUAGAAACAACAAGUAAAGCAGAGGAAAUGAGCUCCACGUUGAACAUCUCGUACUCGAUCGACGUGGAUCCCACGAGAACUAUGUAUCGAGGUUUCUUCAGUGAAACCAACCGGAAAGCUAGAAAUCUCACCUCUACCCCCGAGCUGAGGAAAAAAGACACCUGCUUCAACCACUACAUCUACAUGCAGCCUACACAUGCACUCACCUCCAGGCUUCCUUUCAUGAAUGUUCUUACAGAGUCAACCAGACCAACGCUCCACAGUUGUAAUGAUCUAGAAGGAGUUCUCAACAAAACAAUAUGUGGUGUCAGCCGGCCCGUGUUUCGCAGCAGAUCCUCCGCAACAUUUAGAGCUUCUUUCCGCAUCAUAAAUGAGUACGAGUGGAAUGAUACAAUUGUGAUGACCAUAACUGGAAAAAGUGAAAACACAAACUCCAACCAUACCAAUACGUUGACCAAGGACAUCCCAGUACAGUUUGAAAUCAAAAUGGCAGUAACAGUGAAAGAAGACCUUAUUAGCUAUCUGAACUUCACAACAGAGGACACUGGACCUAAACAAAUAGUUACUACAUAUAAGAUAGGUAAUCUUGGUUUUAAGGACUUUCCUGUUAAUUUGUCCCUGUUCUUCCCAACCAAACUGGGACAUAACUUUGAAAUGACAAACUAUCAAGUCAUUGUCCAGCAGAACAAAACUCAGUGCUCAAGGAAAACUGACAAAGAAUCGGAAUACUGCUCACCAGAAGAACAGUGCAAAGUCAUUUUAUGUGACAGUUUCAUCCUGGAGAAAGAAUCACCCACUGAGAUUACAUUGAUAGGAGAUGUACAGUUUAGGGAUCUCAAACAACAUGCAGCGAAUAUUGCUUUUCUUAAACGAUAUACUGGAGAUUCUGCAGAGGUUAAAUUUAAAAGCUUCAUAGAGGUUGACUAUGACAACCACCGAUAUGUGCUCAGUUCUUACAAAAAAGUGGAGAAGUCUGACAACGAUCCAACACGGAAAUGGAUGGAAGUUCGAGUUGAGUUUAUAAUCCCACCGGAUGAACUGCUGAUCAUUUUAACUGGAUGUGGAGUUGGACUCUUGCUUCUGAUCAUAAUCACAGUCAUCAUGUUUAAGUUGGGUUGUUUUAAGAGGAAAACGCUCGAGUAUUACCAGGAACAGGAGGAAGAAGCUCUUCAGGCUGCCCCCCUAGCCCCCACCAAUGAGACAGUCAGCCAAUCAGAGACUGACGACAAAUCUGACCAACUGGCAGAGGAGAAUAUGCUUCUCGAUGACGGCGAGGCGAGCGGCAGCUCCCCACCCACUGAUACAAUGGAAGUACUGGAAUAAUGGUAUCUACACCCAGCCUUCUAUUAGGAGUAGAAGGCUGUUACCCUCUACUUACAUUGUUAAUUCCCUGUACAAAUAAAGAAGUACCAAAAGGUGGUUGGGGUGGACUGUAUGGUAAAAUGAAUACAGGACUUUCACCUACAGUACACAAUGUUUUAGUUAAAUUGAUCACAAAACUAAACCAUUAAAAAAACGUUUUUUAUUUAUUCAACUUUGCGAAUUGUAAUUUAAUGUGGCAUGGUAAGAAGUGGUCCUUGGGUUGGUAACCAUACCAUACAGGACAACAAAUUGGAAGGAUCAAGUGAGGAUCAAAUCAAUGUUUGAUGUUCUUAAGCCAUCGAUGCCGUUUAUUUGCUCUUUGGGUAAACAUGCAGUAUUUUGAACAAACCUUUAUACAACAUAUACUAUAUACCAUUUUCUGUGCGUAUAUAUUUUACUUUUUCUAUUAGACUGUUUUAUAGGUGCAAUGUUAAAUGCAAAAAUGGUCCAUUGUGCAUUAGAGCUUGAACAUAUAAUAUCAUUGAUUGUCUUCUAUUUGCAGUAAAAUGUAUAAUAUAUGUUCAAGGUAACAUUAUCCUAGUAGUUUUAUAUUGUCUAUUUUGCUUUCUUUAAAGUCUGUUACUGUUGUUGUUGUUGUUGUUGUUAUGGUGUUGUAAUUAUUAUUUUUUAAUAUGAUCAACUGAUAUAUAUAUACACAUACACAUUAUGUCAAUAUAUACUUGCUGUACAAUGUAUUUAAAUAUUUAAAAU